AUGACGGAAAUGUAAAUCCACCUCACGCUUAACGUUACUUGCAUUUUUUGGGGACAGACCUUUGUAUUUCCUGAAUGGAGAGGACAGAAGAGUAGACAGCAGAUGCCUUCAGCUAAAAACGGUGGACGGUUUUGAAGAAACGAUGUCGUCGCGUCUAACAGUUAACUGCAUGGCAGGAUCGAUGAAGUGAAUGGACAGCCAAUGAUCCAGCUGAGAGUGUCCUGCAGCCUGCCAGAUUUAAACACCGACAUAUGGCCCUGCUCCAUAGCUAGUCAAGGGAGACAACGUAACAAGACAACGCUAGCAUCAUGUUCCUGAAAACAUCGUUCACCACCCUGGUCGUAGGGGUGUUUGUGGUGUAUGUGCUUCACACCUGCUGGGUAAUGUACGGGAUAGUGUACACUAAACCCUGCGACAGCCCCAAAAGUGACAACUGUAUCACACCCUUCUUGGCAGGGAACCCAAAACUGCAGUUGAGUAUCUACACCGCUCUGCGACCCAAUGCAGAGGGGGGACAUACCCUGAUCCACAAAGAGGAAACAUUUGAUGUUGACAGCAAGUUUGAGAGGAUAGUAAAUGUCUCUCUCCCUAAGAAGACCCGUAACAAUGGAACUUUAUAUGCACUCAUAUUUGUCCAUCAAGCUGGCGUCACACCGUGGCAGGAUCCCCGACAGGUCCACUUGGUGGCUCAGCUCACCACAUACAUGGUCCCUAAACCGCCUGAAAUCUCUUUGAUAGCCGGAGAGGAUCAAACACAGGGUCAGAAAGAAGAAGCCCAGCAGAAAAAAAGGCGUGAUGCUAACCCUGCGGCAGGUGGUCCCACGUCAAAUCACCCAGCGUCCCACUGGCGUUCCCGCCUGACACUCAACAUUGUCGGCGACCACUUCAUGUUUGACAAAGAAUACCUGCCUAGUGAUGUCCACAGAUACCUCAGAGUAUUCCAAAAUGGUAAGAAGAUGGUUUAUCUACCUCUGCUGUUUGUUGAUGAGCUCAGCAAUCGGGUCAAGGACCUUGUGGAGAUUAACAGUACCUCCAUGGAGCUCCCACUGACCAUCUCCUACGACUCUAUCUCUCUGGGGAGGCUACGAUUCUGGAUCCACAUGCAAGACGCUGUUUACUCUUUGCAGCAGUUUGGUUUCACAGAAAAGGAUGCUGAUGAGAUUAAAGGAAUAUUUGUGGAUACCAACCUGUACUUUCUGGCUCUCACCUUCUUUGUAGCUGCCUUCCAUCUCCUCUUUGACUUCCUUGCAUUUAAGAACGACAUCAGCUUCUGGAAACAGAAGAAAAGCAUGGUGGGAAUGUCCAGCAAAGCAGUGCUCUGGCGAUGUUUCAGCACCAUAGUGAUUUUCUUCUAUUUGUUUGACGAGCAGACCAGCUUGCUUGUCCUUAUUCCAGCUGGCAUUGGCUCUAUCAUUGAAGUAUGGAAAGUGAAGAAGGCCUUUAAGAUUCAGGUUUUCUGGAAAGGAGGCAAACCAUCAUUCCUGUUUGGGAAAUUGGAUGAAUCCGAGAGGAGAACAGAAGAGUACGACACUCUGGCCAUGAAGUAUCUCUCAUACCUCCUUUACCCAUUGUGCAUUGGAGGGGCUGUGUACGCUCUAAUAUUCCUUCGAUAUAAGAGUUGGUACUCGUGGCUGAUCAACAGUUUGGUCAAUGGUGUAUAUGCCUUUGGCUUCCUCUUCAUGCUUCCUCAACUGUUUGUCAACUAUAAGCUGAAAUCUGUGGCCCACCUGCCCUGGAAAGCCUUUACAUACAAGGCAUUCAAUACCUUCAUCGACGAUGUGUUUGCCUUCAUCAUCACCAUGCCAACGUCCCACAGACUGGCCUGUUUCAGAGACGAUGUGGUGUUUCUGAUUUACCUCUACCAGAGAUGGCUCUACCCAGUGGACAAAACGAGAGUAAACGAAUAUGGAGUUUCAUAUGACGAAAAACCCAAAGGAAAGACUCACAAGGACUAGAGAGGAUAGACGGGUUAUUGGCUUCCAUGAUAUGGAAUCUGCAGGUUUUGUCUACGGUCCACUGGCAUCCACUGAUCUCAUUUGGUAUCCGCUGAGCUUGUUUAACGGUCCAGAGGCACCUGAAAAAAUGUUUUUGUUUCCAGUCAGCUAGAUGUAAAUGGGCCAGGUGCAUCAACAUCCUUGCGGUUUGUGACUUUUUCACCCCGUCCCAUAGUGCAAAGUGUUUAAAGGUCAACAUCUGCUUAUCUGUCUUUUGCAGUCUGGAGAGGGAUUUUUUUGUGUGUGACAGGGCCGGAAAAUCGAUAAGAUAAAUCUCUGAUCCAUUACAAACUGACACAACAACCUGGAAAAAACUUGUUUCUGAAUGGCCAGCACCCUGCUCACGACUAUGACCCUGUUUACCACAGGUCACCUUUGGUAUGAAAGAGUAGUAGUAAUACUGAUACUGACUCUAUCAUAUGACGACAUGGUGGAAACUUUGAGCCUUCUGAGCCAUAAAUUCUGCCCGUCCCUUCUUCUCAAACAUCAUGUCAAUCCACAAAACCAGUCACAUCUCUUGUCUGUUUGAACUGCUCUAUCCCCAAUCAUUGGAGAUUUUUUACCUUGGUUUCCAUCUUUGGGUGUCUGCAAAUACUGAUUUGGUUGUGCUUAGCUGCAGUGAGGGAAAAUUGAUUUAUUACACUGAGUAGGACUCCCACUGUGAAUUUGUUCUUUUUCAGAAUUUUCUUUGCACUGUGAAAAAGGGAUUUUUAUUAUUUUAAACAUUUUUAUGUUUACAAAUUCCAAUUAACUGACAGAGUACAUUUAAGAAGAGCAUGGGUCAGACUGCUUUGAAGAACCAAUACCUAAAUUGAUAGAUUUUUCCAUAUUAUUAUUCUAUAUCAUUCCAUAAGCAGUCGGUUUUGUUGACGUGAACCCUAUUUACAAGUCGGAAAUUGGUAAUUACAGUAACUCCGAUAUAUACAUGAAAGCUGCAUUAGGCAAAGGUGGGCAGUACUGAGACAUGUGGACAACAAGUAGAUGUAUUGUUUGCUCAGUUAAAUAUCCCUGAUGCAGUGUGCUUUUCUAGAAAUUGUAUGAAAUUAUGCUAAUUAUGUUUAAAUAUUGCUCAGUGAAAAGGCUGUAAACGAAUUGCCUCUCAGAACAUAUCAAUUCAAUUCAAUUCAAUUGAAAUUAGCUUUAUUGGCAUGAAUGUGUAACAUAUCCAUGUGUGGACAUGUUCCAUGUGUUUAAAAUGUUUAUCCCAAAUUGUCAUGUAGACAAAGCUAACGUAAUAUUACCCCUGGGACCAAUUCCAGAACAAAGGACCCUGUUUUACCUACCUGUUGAAGUGAGAGUAUAUAUGCUUAAAAAUUACUGAGAUGGGUAAAAAAAAUAAAUAUUUUUUUUUAAAAGUAACAAAAUAUAUCACUUCACCUUUUAAGAAGAGGGUACCACUGAAAGCCAUAAUGUUCUUUCCAUCCACUCUAGUUUUACCUACUCAAGUAUUCUUUACAUAUCAGGGCCAAGAAGAUACUUUAGUGCCAAAUGCAAGAAUGGUUCUUUAAACUGUCUGUGAGCUUUCUACGUUCACCAUAAAUGGUCCAUCUGAUGUUUUUAAAUAGACACUGACAUUGUGAGGGAAACCAUGAAUAUCCAAGACUUGAGGAAAGUAUUACUACAUCCUGAUUUUCAGUCACAUUUCCACUUUCAUUGCCAUAGUUGUAAUGUUAUGUUGUUGGAUUUUAUUUUAAAUAGAAAGACAUCUUGGGAUCAGCAGACAUUUUCAGAUAUCAGAAUAUAUUAGGUCUGUGUACAAAGAUCCAGUGCGGGUUUUCUGUUCCUGUGUAAAUGCAGCUUGAAAAGAUUUGCCUUGAAAUGUUAUUUCUUAUUGUAAUGUUUGUGUUUUUGAUUGAGAUGAAAUAAAAUCGACUGACUGAU